CUAGCUUCAGUACAGUCUCAUAAGAUGAUGGCGAUUCUAAGUCGGGGAUGACACGACCGAUGGGGUUCUUUUCGUAUUGAGGGCUGCCGUUAUAUAACUUGCAUCGCUUAUACUCUCGUUUCGCUCUGUUGAUGCACUUAUCGCACCUCCAUCCCCACUUACAACAGGCCAGGCAUCGUCGCGCCCAUGAUAACCGGUGAAUUGUUGCAUCGCGAGGAGACGUCGUCCUAUACAGGUUCGGAAAGGAGAUGUCUGGUUGCCUUCUACGUUCUACAACUCGCGGGAUUUGGGGGCCUCCUUACUAUCCUGCUUACUGGGAUCUUUUCUCCCACAGUCGCAAAACGGCACGUAUGCUGGUUAAACUUUAUCAUAACAUGGAUGGCUUCGGCUAUAUCGUAUAGUUUACUUGUCGGUCAUUCUAUGGAUUGGGAACCUCCCCACGGACUUUGCUUAACGCAGGCCAUAUUGAUAUAUUCGGUUCCUACUUUAACGACUUGCACCACCACAGCACUCGUGAUCCACGUAUCCAUUUCAAUGAAUGCCCUUUUAUCGCCACCUUCCGGAGUUCAUUUCAAUUGGACACCAUUUCUAUAUGUAAUGCCGUAUCUUGCCUCAGGUGGAAUGGCCGCGCUCUCACUCGCUAUUGGAUUGCAAGAUCCAGAUACUGUGGCAAGAAGAGAGUCGAGAAUGUACUGUAACUUUGCAAAUCGAACACCGUCUCACGUCUCCUCUGCGCUGGUUGCAGGUAUAAUGGUGCUGUGUCUAUUGGUAGAGAUUUUUGUGCUGGUCAAGUUGCGCAAGAACUGGAUGUACCUGAGGAAAAAAAGAGACCGCCAGACGAUAUCGUCGAUACUCCGUGUCCUGGCGUUUAGCGCAGUGGGAUGCAUGGCCAUUGGGCUAGGAUUUGUUUUUGUGUUUACUUCGUAUCGCGGCCCUGCACUAAACCUUAUACUAGGCAGUGUACCGCUACUUGCUGUCUUGCUCUUUGGUACUCAACAGGACAUCUUAGACUCCUGGUUUUAUUUGUUUCGCGGGAAACAGAAACCCAAAACAGAGAACCUCUCCCUCCACUAUAGCAAUCCAUCCUGGAUGGCACCAGGCACAAGUCGAGACCCAUUUAUCGCCUCGUACACCGGGACCGAAGGGUAACCGUAGCACUAAUUCUUUUGUAUAAUAUAUAACACUCUACUACAGUACAUACUGUAUUUUUAGCAAUGGCAAACAUCGACACUCCAAUUAUCCAAAUUAGACAUCAUCUUCC